AUGGCGACCGCCAGCGCGGGACUCCGGCCCGCGCUCCGGCUCGGACUAUUGCUGCUGCUCUUCUGCUGCCACGCGCACGCCGAAGAGCAAGCUGGUGAUGCCCUGGUCCGCGAGACCCGAGCUGCAGGCCCAUUCCGUGGACUGUACGAGUUUCUUCAGCAACGCGACUCCACCGUCUUCUGCAAGUACCUGCGCAGAGCACAAGUCGAGGAUGUCCUCGCGUCGUUACCGUCGCUCACCAUCAUUGCACCCAAUGACCUGGCGUUCGCGGCGCUGCCACCCAGCGUCAUCAAGAUGCUGGAGACGGACAGCCGGUUCCUUAGGAAGUUCGUGCUUCAUCACAUAGUGGGCGACUCGGUCCCGAGCCGCAGUCUACGCGGCGACCUCGAGAUCACCACUGCGGGCGGCGACAACAUCCUCGUGAAGGUCUACGACAAUGGAAGGACGAUUUCCAUUGGAGGCGCCAACAUCCUGGUGGGCGACGCCUCGUAUGAGAACGUCAUUGUCCACAUCGUGGACCGCGUGCUGUAUCCCAUUGCCGAGAGCAUGCUCGCGCAGACCAUUCAGGCCAAGUUUGGAUACUUCUACCGCCUGCUCCAGAACAGUGGCUUCACCAGCGUCUUGAACAGUGACCUGUACACUGUCUUCAUUCCAACUCAAGACGCUAUCAACAACCUACCAGCGGAAACUUCACAGAAGAUCCUAUCAAACAAUGAGCUUCUGAAGCGACAACUGUUCAUCGACGGCGUUCCGUUUGUCAGCAAGGAUGACGGUGCCACCAAUGGUGUCAUUCACAUUGUUAACCGGCUGCUGGUGCCACAGAGCGUAAUCGAGGACUGUGGUUGCAUCGCAUCGCAUGGCGGAGGAGAUGCCCUUCUCACUGGCGGAAAGAUCGGCUUCCAGGGACCUACCAUCGUCGGCCAGCAGCUUCCGGGUCUCGUCCAGCACGUCGUGGUACCCGGCACAGUGACGCAGACUACGCACAUCGUGUCCCCACCCAAGACGGUUGUCCUAGGACCUGGGACUCUUCAAGCACUCCUGCCUGGUCAAGCACCACAGAUAACAUUCCAAGUUGGAAUCCCAGGAGCUCCAAAAAAGCCUGGUGUUCCAUCAUUGCAAGCUGGCCCGAAAGGGCCUGGUGGACCUUCUGGCCCCAGUGGGCCGUCUGGACCUUAUCGUCCCAGUGGGCCGACUAGACUAGGAGUACCUAGUGGAGCAACAGGAACAAGUGGUCCAUUUGGUCCUAGUGGACCAAGUGGACCUAGAGGACCUAAUGGACCAUUAGGCCCAAGUAUCCCAGGAGGACCUAAAGGACCAAGUGCACCAUUUAGACCUAGUGGAUUUGGUGGGCCAAACACUCCAAGUGGGCCAGUCGGGUCUAGUGGACCAUCCGGCCCAGGAGGACCUAAAGGACCAAGUGGACCAUUCGAACCCAGUGGACCUAGAGGCCCGAGUGGACCAUAUGGGCCUAGUGGACCUAGGGGACCAUUGGGCCCAAGUGGCCCAGGGGGACCUAAAGGACCAAGUGGACCAUUUGGACCCAGCGGACCAAGUACAUCUGGUAGUCCAUUCGGGCCAAGUAUUUCUGGUCGGCCAAGUGGGCCAGUUGGACCAACUGGACCUAGUGGACCAAGAGGACAAAGUGGGCCAUUCGGACCCAGUGGCCCCGGAGGACCUAAAGGACCUAGUGGGCCAUUCGGACCCAGUGGCCCAGGAGGACCUAAAGGACCUGGUGGACCAUUCGGACCAAGUGGGCCUAGGGGACCAAAGGACCAAGUCGGCCAUUCGGACCCGGUGGCCCAGGAGGACCUAAAGGACCUGGUGGGCCUAGUGGACCAUUCGGACCAAGUGGGCCUAGGGGACCAAGUGGGCCAUUCGGACCCAGUGGCCCAGGAGGACCUAAAGGACCUGGUGGACCUAGUGGAUCAUUCGAACCAAGUGGGCCUAGGGGACCAAGUGGGCCAUUCGGACCCAGUGGCCCAGGAGGACCUGGUGGACCUAGUGGACCUUUCGGACCAAGUGGGCCAGGGGGACCUAGGGGACCAAGUGGGCCAUUCGGACCCAGUGGCCCAGGAGGACCUAAAGGACCUGGUGGACCUAGUGCACCUUUCAGACCAAGUGGGCCAGGUGGACCUAGGGGACCAAGUGGGCCAGGAGGACCCAGUAGCCCCGGAGGAUCUAAAGGACCUGGUGGACCAUUCGGACCAAGUGGGCCAGGGGGACCUAGCGGACCAAGAGGACCAAGUGGGGGGACCUAGUGGACCAAGUGGGCCAUUCGGACCCAGUGUCCCAGGAGGAGCUAAAGGACCUGGUGCUCCUAGUGGACCAUUCGGACCUAGUGGCUCAGGGGGACCUAGUGGACCAAGCGGACCUAGUGGACCAAGGGGACCAAGUAGGCCAUUCGGACCCAGUGGCCCAGGAGGACCUAAAGGACCUGGUGGUCCUAGUGGACCAUUCGGAGCAAGUGGCCCAGGGGGACCUAGUGGACCAUUUGGACCACGGGGACCAAUGGACCAAUCGGAGCAAGUGGCCCAGGGGGACCUAGUGGACCAAGCGGACCUAGUGGACCAAGGGGACCAAGUGGGCCAUUCGGACCCAGUGGCCCAGGAGGACCUAAAGGACCUGGUGGUCCUAGUGGACCAUUCGGAGCAAGAGGCCCUGGUGGACCUAGUGGACCAGGCGGACCAUUUGGACCAAGGGGACCAAGUGGGCCAUUCGGACCCAGUGCGCCAGGAGGACCUAAAGGACCUGGUGGUCCUAGUGGAGCAUUCGGAGCAAGUGGCCCAGGGGGACCUAGUGGACCAAGCGGGUCAGUUGGACCUAGCGGACCAAGGGGACCAAGCGGACCAUUUGGACCUAGUGGACCAAGGGGACCAAGUGGGCCUUUCGGACCCAGUGGCCCAGGAGGACCUAAAGGACCUGGUGGUCCUAGUGGACUAUUCGGACCAAGUGGUCCAGGGGGACCUAGAAGACCAAGUGGACCAUUCGGGCCCAGCGGACCAAGUGGGCCAUUCGGACCCAGUGGCCCAGGAGGACCUAAAGGACCCGGUGGACCAAGUGGGCCAGGGGGACCUAGUGGUCCAGGAGGACCUAGAGGACCUGGUGGACCUAGUGGACCGUUUGGACCAAGUGCGCCAGGGGGACCUAGUGGACCAAGUGGGCCUAGUGGACCAAGGGGUCCAAGUGGGCCAUUCAGACCUAGUGGCCCAGGAGGGGCUCGAGGACCUGGUGAACCUAGAGGACCAAGCCGGCCAGGGGGACCUAGCGGACCAUCUAGACCAUUUGGACCUAGUGGACCAAGUGGGCCCUUCCCGAGCGGUCCAUCAGGACCCAGUGGCCCAGGUGGACCUACAGGACCCGGUGGACCCUUUGGACCCAGUGGGUCAGGGGGACCUAGCGGACCGAGUGGGCCCUUCGGACCCAGUAGCCCAGGAGGACCUAAAGGACCUGGUGGACCAUUCGGACCAAGUGGGCCAGGAGGACCUACUGGACCAAGAGGACCAAGUGGACCAUUUGGGCCCAGUGGCCCUGCAGGACCUAAAGGACCAAGUGGACCAUCCGGGACCAGCUGGACCUAGCAAACCAAGUACACCAGGAGGUCUUGGUGGACCAAGUGGGCCAUCUGGCUUUGGUGGUCCAAAAGGGCCAAGUAAAUUAGGGGGACCAGCUAUACCAAAUGAUUUUCUUUUUGGUGGUCCGACUAUACCAGGCCUUCCUAAGGUACCGGGCCUCCCAUUACCAAGUGGGCCAAAGGGGCCCUCUGGCCUAUUAGGGUCAACAAGUCCUAGUGGGCCAAAGGCUCCAAGUGGAUCUAGGCCCUCCACAAGGAGACCACCCAGCUAUCUGCCACCUCCAGGGGCUGUCCCAGCUGCACCUAGCAUUCUGAACGUGCCUCGAGGUCCAACACUUCCUGGUACUACAGGUGUUACCGGUGCACCAAGGUUGCCUUUUGGGACAGGUGCUCCCAGUACUCCACGUCUUCCAGGUGCAUCUAAGGGUCCGACAUUUGGCUUCUCACGUGGCCCCGCUGGUGUUGGAAAGCUGACUGUUAUAAGUGGACUACCUCUUCCAAAGGCACCAGGAGGAACAUCUUUGACAAUCUUCCCUGGAGUACCAGCAGUCACCACUUUUACCAGUGGAGUGACAGGAUUCAUGCUCGGUGGGCCAGUUGUACCAACCACACCCGGAGGAUUUUCAUUUGCAUUCCCUGGACUGCCAAAAGGACCAAAAGGACCAAGUGGGCCAGGCGGCCCAAGCGGACCAAGUGGGCCAAGAGGACCAAGUGGACCCGGCGGACCAAGUGGGCCAGGUGGACCAAGGGGACCAUUCCCAAGUGGGCCAUCUGGACCAGGAGGACCAAGGGGACCUGGAGGACCAUUUGGGCCUGGUGGACCAAGUGGUUCAAGAGGGCCAUCUGGACCAAGUGGGCCAUCUGGACCAGGAGGGCCUGAAGGACCUAGCGGGCCAAGAGGACCAGCUGGGCCAUUUGGGCCUAGUGGACCAAGAGGACCAACUGGCCCAUUUGGACCUAGUGGACCUGCAGGACCAAGUGGCCCAUUCCCCAGUGGGCCGGCUGGACUAACAGGACCUAAAGGACUUGGUGGACCAUCUCGGCCUAGUGUGCCAGGAGGACCAUCUGGCCCAUCCGGACCUCGAGGACCAAGUGGUCCAUACCCUACUGGACCUGCAGGACCAAGUGGGCCAUUCCCGAGUGGUCCAUCUGGACCAGGCGGGCCUAAAGGACCUAGUGGGCCAAGAGGACCAACUGGCCCAUUUGGACCUAGUGGACCUGCAGGACCAAGUGGCCGAUUCCCCAGUGGGCCGGCUGGACUAACAGGACCUAAAGGACCUGGUGGGCCAUCUAGACCUAGUGUGCCAGGCGGACCAUCUGGCCCAUCCAGACCUCGAGGACCAAGUGGCCCAUACCCUUCUGGACCUGCAGGACCAAGUGGUCCAUUCCCGAGUGGUCCAUCUGGACCAGGCGGGCCUAAAGGACCUAGUGGCCCAAGAGGACCAGCUGGCCCAUUUGGCCCUAGUGGACCAAGAGGACCAAGUAGUUCAUACCCUGCUGGACCGGCAGGACCAAGUGGGCCAUUCCCAAGUGGGCCAUCUGGACCAGGAGGGCCUAAAGGACCUAGCGGGCCAAGUGGACCAGCUGGGCCAUUCGGGCCUAGUGGACCAAGAGGACCAACUGGCCCAUUUGGACCUAGUGGACCUGCAGGACCAAGUGGCCGAUUCCCCAGUGGGCCGGCUGGACUAACAGGACCUAGUGGGCCAUCUGGGCCUAGUGGGCCAGGAGGACCAUCUGGCCCAUCCGGACCUCGAGGACCAAGUGGUCCAUACCCUACUGGACCUGCAGGACCAAGUGGGCCAUUCCCGAGUGGUCCAUCUGGAGCAGGCGGGCCUAAAGGACCUAGUGGUCCAAGAGGACCAGCUGGGCCAUUUGGGCCUAGUGGACCAAGAGGACCAAGUGGUUCAUACCCUGCUGGACCUGCAGGACCAAGUGGGCCUUUCCCGAGUGGGCCAUCUGGACCAGGGGGACCUAAGGGACCUAGUGGGCCAGGAGGACCAGCUGGGCCAUUUGGGCCUAGUGGACCAAGAGGACCAACUGGGCCAUUUGGACCUAGUGGACCAAAAGGACCAAGUGCUUCAUAUCCUACUGGACCUGCAGGACCAAGUGGCCGAUUCCCCAGCGGGCCGGUUGGACUAGGAGGACCUAAAGGGCUUGGUGGACCAUCUGGGCCAUCCGGACCAAGAAGACCAAGCGGCCCAUACCCUACUGGACCUGCAGGACCAAGUGGACCAUUCCCGAGUGGACUAUCUGGACCAGGAGGACCUAGUGGUCCAAGUGGACCAGCUGGGCCAUCUGGACCAAGUGGGCCAAGAGGGCCAAGUAGCCCAUUCACAAGUGGGCCAUCUAGACUGGGAGGGCCUAAAGGACCUGGAGGGCCAUUCGGACCUAGUACGCCAAGGGGACCAUCAGGGCCAUCUGGACCAAGUGGUCCAUACCCUACUGGAUCUGCAGGACCAAGCGGACCAUUCCCAAGUGGGCCAUCUGGACCAGGAGGACCUAGUGGACCCAGAGGGCCAUUUGGGCCUAGUGCAUCAAGAGGACCAGCUGGACCAAGUGGGCCAUCUGGACUAGGAGGACCUGGAGGACCAAGAGGACCAUCUGGGCCAAGCGGGCCAAGAGGCCCAGGUGGUCCAUACCCUACUGGAUCUGCAGGACCAAGUGGGCCGGGAGGACCUAGUGGACCAAGAGGACCAGCUGGGCCAUCUGGACAAGGUGUACCGAGAGGACCUGGAGGGCCAUUCGGUCCUAGUGUGCCAAGAGGACCAUCUGGGCCAUCUGGACCAAGUGGGCCAAAAGGACCAGCUGGUCCUUACCCUACUGGGCCUGCAGGACCAAGUGGGCCAUUCCCAAGUGGCCCAUCUGGACCAAGUGGCCCAAGAGGACCAGGCGGGCUAUCUGGUCCAAGUGGACCAAGAGGACCAGCUGGACCGUCUGGACCAAGUGGGCCAUCGGGACUAGGAGGGCCUAGAGGACCUGGAGGGCCAUUCGGUCCUAGCGGGCCGAAAGGACCAUCUGGACCAAGUGGGCCAAGAGGACCAGGUGGUCCUUACCCUACUGGACCUGCAGGACCAAGUGGGCCAUUCCCAAGUGGACCAUCUGGACCAAGUGGACCAAGAGGACCAGCUGGACCGUCUGGACCAAGUGGGCCAUCGGGACUAGGAGGGCCUAGAGGACCUGGAGGGCCAUUCGGUCCUAGCGGGUCGAGAGGACCAUCUGGACCAUCCGGACCAAGUGGGCCAAGAGGACCAGGUGGUCCAUACCCUACUGGAGCUGCAGGACCAAGUGGCCCAUUCCCAAGUGGACCAUCUGGACCUAGUGGCCCAAGAGGACCAGCUGGACCAAGUGGGCCAUCGGGACUAGGAGGGCCCAGAGGACCUGGAGGACCAUUCGGUCCUAGCGGGCCGAAAGGACCAUCUGGACCAAGUGGGCCAAGAGGACCAGGUGGUCCUUACCCUACUGGACCUGCAGGACCAAGUGGGCCAUUCCCAAGUGGACCAUCUGGACCAAGUGGCCCAAGAGGACCAGGCGGGCUAUCUGGUCCAAGUGGACCAAGAGGACCAGCUGGACCGUCUGGACCAAGUGGGCCAUCGGGACUAGGAGGGCCUAGAGGACCUGGAGGGCCAUUCGGUCCUAGCGGGUCGAGAGGACCAUCUGGACCAUCCGGACCAAGUGGGCCAAGAGGACCAGGUGGUCUAUACCCUACUGGAGCUGCAGGACCAAGUGGGCCCUUCCCAAGUGGGCCAUCUGGACCUAGUGGUCCAAGAGGACCAGGUGGGCUAUCUGGUCCAAGUGGUCCAAGAGGACCAGCUGGGCCAAGUGGGUCAUUGGGACUAGGAGGACCUAGAGGACCUGGAGGUCCAUUCGGUCCUAGUGGGCCAAAAGGACCAUCCGGACCAAGUGGGUCACGAGGACCAGGAGGUCCAUACCCCACUGGACCUGCAGGACCAAGUGGCCCAUUCCCGGGUGGGCCAUCUGGACCAGGAGGCCCUAGUGGUCCUGGAGGGCUAUUCGGACCUAGUGGACCAAGUGGCCCAGGUGGACUACCUGGUCCAAGUGGACCAAGAGGACCAGCUGGACCAUUUGCACCACGUGGUCCAUCUGGACAAGCUGGACCUAGAGGACCUGGAGGGCCAUUCGGUCCUAGUGGGCCAAAAGCACCGUCUGGACCAUCCGGACCAAGCGGGCCAAGAGGACCAGGUGGUCCAUACCCCACCGGAGCUGCAGGACCAAGUGGGCCAUUCCCAAGUGGGCCAUCUGGACCUAGUGGUCCAAGAGGACCAGGUGGGCUAUCUGGCCUAAGUGGACCAAGAGGACCAGCUGGACCAUCUGGACCAGGUGGGCCUUUGGGACUAGGAGGACCUAGAGGACCUGGAGGGCCAUUCGGUCCUAGUGGGCCGAAAGCACCAUCUGGACCUUCCGGACCAAGUGGGCCAAGAGGACCAGGUGUUCCAUAUCCUACUGGACCUGCAGGACCAUUCCUGAGUGGGCCAUCUGGACCAGGAGGACCUAGUGGUCGUGGAGGUCUAUUCGGACCUAGUGUACCAAGUGGCCCAGGAGGACCAGCAGGACCAUCUGGCCCAAGUGGACCAUCUGGACUAGGAGGAUCUAGAGGGCCUGGAGGCCCAUUCGGUCCUAGUAGUCCACUUGGACCUAGUGGACCAUUCGGACCAAGUAGACCAAGGGGCCCGGGUGCACCAAGUGGGCCACGAGGGCCUGGUGGUGAAAAGAAACCAUCUGCUCCUGUAUUGCCACUGACACCGAGCGGCGUUUUACCUGGCACCUCUGGUGUUACAAGCAUCCAAUUUGGUGGAAGGUUGGUUGGUGUCCCUAAGGUUACUAUCGGCCAGCCUCAGACAUCUGUUUUGCUUCAACCUGGAGGCCAGGUCACAUAUGGAAAGACUGAACUUCAUAUUCAACCUCCUACCACAUACGUUAUUCCUGGUCAAGUUCUUACACACACAAUCGGAACAACAAUCAAGACAGGAGCCAUUCCGUCCACUGUGUACAGCAUUUCUGGUACUGGGCUUCAACUUGAAGGCAAGCCAUUGGACUUCACACUUGUGCUGAAGGAGCUUAAGGCUACACGAUACCUGUCUUGGCUGCAGAAAACUGGUGUUCUACAGCUGAUCAAUGAUGGAGCGGCCUACACGAUCUUCGUGCCAAGUGAUGAUGCCAUCGCUCAGAUUCGAGGACAGCUACUCUCGAAGCUGGAAGGAGACACUCAGCUUCUUAAGCAGCUUGUCCUGUAUCACAUUGUUCCUGGCCAGGUCACCAUCGACAACGAUAGGACCUACACCACGCUUGAUGAAGGAAACUUGCUGCGAUUUAACAAGUACUUCAAUGGAAGGGUUGCAACCGCUUCUGGUGGCGUCAUAGGGCCGAAAAAGCAGCAAGGCAAGUUCGUGUUCUACACCGUAGACCGUGUUCUUCACCGGCCAGGAGGCAGCAUUUUGGACGUUAUUCACCAGUCCAUUCUGCUCCCGAAGCUGGACGAGGCCAUUAAGUUUGCCGGACUCGAGGAGUACCUUUCUGGUGUCGGACCAUAUACAAUUUUUGCGCCCAGUGACCAGGCCUUUAAGAACGCCGUCGGCAUGGAAAACGUGCUGCGCGACAGGGAAGCGCUUAAAGCCCUGCUACUCCGACACAUUGUGCUGGGAAGCGUGUACAGUGCCGGGGUCCAGGAAAACCAGGUCCUCAAGACGGUCGGAGGCCUCGAGCUCAGGAUGAGCAUCAUCCCAGAAUGUAUCACAGUGAACGGGGUCAAGGUCAACAAUCCGGACAACGUCGCGUCGAAUGGUGUCAUCCACGUGAUUGACCAUUUCCUCUAGGCACAUCACUUCACCUUAGGGCGACACAUGUUUCUGUGUAAAGCUUUCUCUCUCAACUCUGUUGUUAAAAUGUUAAAUAAAUUGUGUGUCGUCGCAUGUGUCA